UAAGAGUUAGUGGCAAUCCACCACAUAAAUAUAUAAACAUACAACCAAACACUAACUUAACAUAAUCAUCAUUUUAUCGAUCAUCUUAAACGAACCAUUGACUUUAUACAUCUCCCAUUAAAAACCCCCCAUCAUCUUAUUUCUCUCUCAUCAUCUUCUUGGCUCUACCUAAGUUUUGAUUGUUUCUCUCACUAGAAUUACAGUGACGUGUUUGGCUGCUGAUUAUUGGAAGAAGAAGAAGGAGGAGGAAAAAGGGAGGUGUUUUGGUAAUUUACAAAUGGAUCAAAAGCUAGUUCCAAAAUUGCAAAGAAAUGAGUCAAGUAGACAUGGAAGGCUUGAGAGAUUCUCCCAUUAUGUUGCAAGACAAAUUGGGUUCGAUGAUCCGUACGAGUGUCCUCAGCUAUGCAAAUUGGCAAAUGAUUAUUUGAAGAAAACAGAAGGAAGUGAAAGUUCUAUCUAUGAAUUUUUCUCCAAUGAUCCAGCUCCUGAAUUUCUCUAUGUCAAAUUAAUUGAAGAAUUUGAUAAAUGUAUUCUUAGCUAUUUUGCUUUUCAUUGGAGCCAAACACCUCUUAUGAUCAGUCAGGUGUUGGGCAAUAAUGAUAAUGAGAAGAAAAAGCUCAAAGACCUUGUGAUGGCAGCUACAAGGAAACAAAGAUUUGAAAGGGUGAUAAGGAACUUGAAGGUGACAAGAGUUUUCGCAACAUUAGUAGAGGAGAUGAGAGCAAUAGGUGGGAUUGCCUCCGGCGGCAACGGCGGAGAAUCCAAGUGUACGGAGGUGAUGGUGCCGGUGGCUCACAAUAAAAGAAGUCCAGUCCUCCUUCUCAUGGGUGGUGGCAUGGGUGCUGGAAAGAGCACUGUCCUCAAAGACAUCCUCAAAGAGCCAUUUUGGUCAGGAGUCGGGUCGAAUGCAGUAGUUGUAGAAGCAGAUGCAUUCAAAGAAACAGAUGUAAUUUACAGAGCCCUUAGUUCAAACGGUCAUCAUGGUGACAUGCUACAAACUGCUGAACUAGUACACCAAUCAUCAACAAAUGCAGCACAAUCGUUGUUAGUUACAGCCUUAAACGAAGGUCGAGACGUGAUCAUGGACGGGACAUUAGCAUGGAUUCCCUUUGUGGAACAAACCAUUGAAAUGGCUCGUAACGUUCACAAGACUCGAUAUAGAAUGGGACUUGGUUAUAAGGAAGCAGAGGAUGGUACUACUAUUGAGAAUUAUUGGGAACAAAUGGAAGAUGAUGAUGAGAAUUCUAAGCAAGAAAAGGGUAGGAAACCUUAUAGAAUUGAGCUUGUUGGUGUUGUUUGUGAUGCUUAUCUUGCGGUUGUUAGAGGCAUUAGGAGAGCGAUAAUGGUUGGAAGGGCAGUGAGGGUGCAAUCACAGCUUAAGUCUCACAAGAGAUUUGCAAGUGCAUUUCCACACUAUUGUGAACUUGUUGACAAUGCUAGGCUUUAUUGCACCAACGCCGUUUGCGGUCCGCCUAGGUUGAUAGGAUGGAAGGAUGGACACAGCAGACUUUUAGUAGAUGUGGAAGAAAUACAAUGCCUUAACAUUUUGAGCAGCCUCAAUGAUGAAGCCGAGUCCAUUUACGAACUUCACACAAAUCAAAGCCCACUUUCUCAUCAGGGUUCGGCCUGGAAAGAAAUGGUCUUAUCAACACUUAGGCCCGACAUUCAGAACAAUCUCAAGACUGCUAUUAUCAAAUCGGAACUAGCAUUUGCCCAUAUUUAAAACUAGUCUUAUCCAUUUUAUUCAAAUUCCUAAUUGCUUUCUUCUUUCA